UUUUGAUUGAAGACCUUCAAAGAUGAAAUUGAAGAAUUAAACAACAGUUACAGAGCAGACCAACAACAAGAGAGAUUGCAAUGCAAAAACAAAAGAUGCUUGAACUAGAAGUCGAAGAGUUGCAAACCCACUGUAGAUUAUACAAGAAACACAUAGAAGAAGCAGCGAAGCACUUCAAAUUAGUUUGUGCUGGAAAACAAGUCAAUAAAACACACAGUAGUAAUAUUAAGAAGUGGUUGGAGUCUGUCUCAAAGAAUGGCCUGGCUUUCUCCAAACAAAAUCUCAACGCAAGUUUCUCUGCUUCUAUGUCUCGAGAUGAGCGGAUACAACAGGAACUAGAAGAGUAUAGAAGAACUCUGGAAUCUGAUGAUAAGGUUUUUGCAGCUAAAGACGCCCAGAUUGAUCAACUUGGUAAAGCAUUAUCUGAAGUCCAAGAUGAAAUCAGAGAUAGAGAGGAAACUCUUCAAAUGGCUGAAGAGAUAAGAGAACAGCAGGGGGCGAAAUUAAUCGAACAGAAAGUCAUCAUUGAGGAAUUGCAAGAGGAGAUUCUCUACAUGAGAGAAGAGUUCCAACAUCUUCAGAAUCCUUCUCCAUCUGGACAUCAUCAUCAUGUUGGGUUGUUGGGAAGAGCUCAGUCUGUUCCUCAUCCAGCAAGAGGAGCUGCAUUCUCCACUGAUUCAAAAUUGCUAUCAGAGGAAGCGAAAAGAGCUCAUUCAUCACCCCCUCUCAUCUCAGCUGAACGGAUCAUGGCGGGAUUUCGAGCGCGAAAUCAUGUGAUCGCAGACAGAAUAGAGGAAGAAGAUGAGGUAGAUCAUAGAUCCUUUGGGGUCGAUGGUGAUGAACCAGGAAGUGACCCAUAUAACUCAAACCAGGAAGCAGGAGAUAAGAGUGAUAGAAGUACUGCUUCUAGGAAAAGGGAAGCUUUCAUUCAACAGCACCAGUGGAGAAUUCCUUCUGCAAGGAAGCAAAGUGGCCCAAGCUUUGAUCAAGAUGAAAAAGGUAACAUUGACACAGAACUCAAUGUUCUUCGAGAAAGCACAGUGUUAUCAGUAAAGAGAUUGAAAGACUCAGAACUACGAGCUCAGAAUUCAAACAAUAAAAUACGAGAACUGUCAAUCAAUAUUAAAAUGAAAGAAGAAUUGAUUAAAGAUCUUGUCAGAACAGGCCAUGAUGCAGAGGCAGUGAAUCGUGAUUACUUGACGAGGAUACUAGUUCUUGAAAAAGAAGUUCAAACUGCGAAACGUGAAUUACUGGAUUCACAUAAAGCUUUGCAAAAUGGAGGGAGUGAACAGGAGCUUCAAAAGCUGAAGACUGAUUAUGAGCAGAAGCUGAAAGGUGCAAAAUCCAAAGUCCAGAUGCUUCAGAAAAAGCAGAGAGAAACUGAGAGGAUUGCAACCAUCCCAUCGCAGAAUAAAAAGAAGAUUAAAGAACUGGAAAUUGGUAUUGCAGCGAUGCGUCAAAUGCAAGAAGACAUGCAGAAGAAAUUGAAAACAGAACAAGAUCAGAAAAGAAAGCUCGAAUCUGAAUUGAGUAAAGAUCAAGCAAAAAUAAAGGAUCUUGAAGUGAAAAACAAGAACCAGGAAAAAAUUUUGAAGCGGAAAACUCAAGAAGUUGCUGCUAUACAGAAGAGAUUGAGAAGUGCAAAAUCUAUCUCUCCUGAGGAGCCAGAUGACAUCGAUGAGCAACGUCGUUGGUUAGAUGAGGAGGUAGAAAAAGCACUCGAUCAACAAAAACUACUCAAACAACUUGAGGAUGCACUCAGAGCACGGGAGGCUGCUGUAAUCAGAAGAGAAGAAGCAAUCCAAAGGAGAACAGCUUUGGAAACUAAGAAAAUGAGAUCAAGUCAGGUCAUCUCAUCUGAGGCAUUACAACUUGCUUCUAAAAUGGCUUCAGUCGAUCAGAAAUUAUCUGCAAGGACUCAGCAACUGAGAGAUAGUCUUACCUUGACCUCUGACCGGGGUCAUCAAGGGUCAUCGACAAAUAGACAACACCAACUGAAAAGUGCGAUAGAAAGACUGCAAUCUGAGAAAAUACAACUCGAAGAAAAACGGAGAAGAUUGGAAGAGAAGUUACAAGAUGGGGAUGUCUUGGAUACUCAGGAUGAGAGAGAACUUAUUGAGCUUGAUGAGGCUGUAGAAGCACUGACUGCUGCUAUCGAGUGGCAAGACGAUACAAUUAUGCGGACAAGUACAUCAAAAGAUUUGAGAGAAAGCAGAUUGAAAUUGGCGAGAGAGAGGAACUCUGGACUCCAGAAAUAUAUUAAAAGUUUGUCUGGAACUGAAGCAGGAAUGCUGCUCACUAAGUGUUUUGAAAGGGUUAUAGAGCUUCGUGAAUAUGAACAAACUCUUGAAAACAAGUUGACAGAUAUGGAAGCCAGAUUGAAUAAUAAAGACAGGGCUGUGUUGGAAGCUGAGACUGCAUUGAACAGAUAUGUCGUUGAAAGCGACAGACGCUUCAUGGAAAUGGAAAAACAGCAUGAAAAGAGGACGCAACAACUUAUCAAACAAUUAUCAGAUCCAGAUAAACCAAGCAAUCCUGCUACUAAUGAUGAUGUGUUAGAACUUCAAUCAAAGAUUCAAGUUUUGGAGAAAGAUUUGGCUCAUUAUAGGACAACAAAUAGAGAUCUGAAGAAAAAACUCAGAGAGGUUCUAGCAGAUGCUGGAAUAGGAGAUGACAUUGUCCUUUCUGCCAGAAGUAAUUCUGAAUCUGAGAUGAGAAGUGCAAGAAAAGAUAGAGAUGCAGCUCAUUCUCCUGACAGUGCAGUGGCGAGUACAGCAUCAAUAUCUGGUAAAAGUAGUAAACACCAUCCAAGCAAAAGCAUAGAAAAUGAGAACGAAAAACAAAGAUUUGGGAGUCCUAAACGACAAAAACGAGCUGUCACACGUCAGUCAAGUGGAGACAUGGUUUUAAAAGAUCCUCGGCCCUUGUCAGCAGAUAUUAACAGCGUUCCACUAAGCCCAACGAAGCUAUCUUCCAACCCUAACUUGGGGCCGUUACGCAGGUCUCGUCAAGAGCCUCACCCAAGCCAUAUUCACCCAUCUAUCCCCACAAAUUCAGUUGAAUAUCUCGAAUACCAGGAUCUGAAUCAAAAUUUACCCUCUUCUAGAUCGGGGUCAGGGGGUCGAAGGUUAAGCCCCAACCAUUCCCAAGAUCCUCUCCUAUUGGCCAGCCACCCUUCCACCAACCCCACAACGUCGCACAACCUGAUUACCGCAUCUUUGAGUGUUACUGAUAGCAUGACCUUGGGGUCAACGGGUUCAAAGUUCAACCCUAGCCCCAUGCAGGCUUUCGCAGAGAAAAUAGGCGACAGCCCGUCAAAGCCCCCUAAAAUGGACCCCACAAUAACCCCAGUUCGUAUUUCAAAAAAAGAUUUGAAACGUCUUCCGAAGACCGAAAUUACACAGCGUAAAACAAGCUUAUCCAGUAUCGGGGAUUAUCCUCAAGGUGGCGCUAAGCAGUCUGGAAUCCAUGCAGCGGGACCUGGUCCGUUACAAGAUUCAUUGGAAGGAUUCAAAAACCCUUGGUAGAUUGGAAUCAAUGACUCUACCCAACAAAAAUUAAAGACAAAACUGAAUAAUUAGCCAUACAAAUAGACUAUAAAAGGGUGAAUGGAACAUGAAACAUAUAUCACUUUCACUCCAAUGAGCAACAAUUUCAAGAAAGUCCCUGUUGUUGCUUUGCCUGAUUUGUUAUCCCCUGGGUGAAAUGAUGACCAGGAUGUUGGAAUACUUGAUCUUUGACCUUUAUCGGUACAGUUAGGUCUAACGUAUAUGUUCCGAACUCGGAAGUUUGUUUUGACUUGUCGUACACACCAUAUAGUCUCUUUUCGAUUUCUGUCUGAUUUUAAAUUCGAAUUCCACCAUUAAAACUCCCAGCUCAUGGAAGUUUGAAAAUAUGGUUCUGACUCCAAUAUUAAUGGAAACUUGCCACCAAACUCUGUCUCCGAAGUCUGAUAUGAAACAGGCAAACAGUAUAAAUGAAAUUCCAAAUUCGUAAAAUAUUGUUCAAAUGCUUAAACGUGGACAAAUUAAGCUUGCUUUAUACUCAUAUUUUUGUUUACUAGGAAGAAACUGUUAGCAUAGUGCUAUAUUGCCAUUUUGCCUGUAGCCUUUUAUAUUUUUGUAUUUUUCAACGUGUUUUAUGUCCACUGUGUAAUUAGUGCUAUGUUUUUAAUGGUCUUAUAGAAUAAUCCGACUUUUAAAAUCGUGAUACACAAUUGAACCUGAACCCGUUUUCGUUGUCGUCGUAGGCUUAAAUAAAAAGUAAGACGUUUUUUUUUUGCAAUUACAGAUUGGAUAGUUUUGUAAUUUGUUUAAACAGAAAUUUAAAUGCACGAGCAUUCAAUACCCGUUUUGUAUAAUGAAUUUGUAAUGUUAAUUUGAGUCGGACUUCUCCAAACCCUCUGAAAACCCCUGUAUUCGUUGUUGUAGUGAGUUUAAAUAAGAAACGUGUUCCACAGAUCUGGUAAUUUAUUAGGGUCACUGUUAAUAUAUUUACUAAUUAGACACAUUUCAUAUAUGGAAUUUUGUAACAUUGAGAUUUUAAAGAAUUUAAAUUCGUUGUUGUAGUGGGUUAAAAAGGUAAAUUUUUUUCAAUUCGGCGACAUUUUGGUAAUUUUGUAGGUCUGAAUGUAGGUUUUAAUGUAUUUUACAUUCUUUGUCACAUUAAAUGUUCACCAGAGUCAAAAAACACUUUCAAAAAAAUAUUUCAAUACGCUGUUAAAGAAAAACAUCUUCUGUUAAAGAAUUGGUUAAUUUUUUAGUUCAAAAUUGAAAGAAUUUCACACCCUUCCAUAUAUUUUUUAAUUUUAAUAUGUAUGUGAUUCAAGUCUCAUUCAAAAUUCAUUUAAGUAAUAAUACACAAUUGUAGUUAAACCCAAAUUCAUUGUUGUGCAGUUUUUAAAUAAAACGAAUACGUUUUUACCCAUUUUUGAUUCACUAAAUUUUUUCGACUGAGCUUGUACCAUUUCGCAGACUCAAUAUUGUGAUUCUAAUUUCUUCAAACCAGACUUUUUUCAAUUAUGAUUAGCGAUAACAUAAUGUGAAGCCUCUGUUUAGUGUUUAGAUCCUUCGUGUUUACACUCACUGCAUGAGAAUAUAAAAAAAUGUUUGAACACUUUGAAUGGGUUGAUGUCCCUUGCGGAAAACCUAAAGUAGGCAUGAAUGAAAUCAAAUUUACGUACGUGCAAGCGCCAUUUCAAUCAACUUCUUGCAAAAGGAAUAAGGAAUGUGCUGUUCCAAUAUACGCUAAAUGUACCAUAUUUGUGUUGGUUUUUGUAGGGGCUUUUUCAUUGUUCCAGGCCUUGUCUAUUAAAAUAAACUAAACUAGUAAUCGUCAAUGUAUGCCUAGUUAAUGUCAUUCCCUUGUUUCUUCAGCUUAUAGUUUCAUAUAGACGUUGUUUUUUAUUGUUUGUAAUAAUUGUACAAUUUUAUAAUACAUAUAUUUUUUACAGUGUC